AUGCGUAACAAGAAAAUGUUGAAACAAUUUCUAUCUGGGUGUUUGACAGUUUAUUUCAAUAAACAGAGAUAAGAUAUCAAAGAAGACACGAAAAAAGGAAAUAAUAUGUGAAUUUUGAAUUAAAUUGUAUAAUUAUAUAUGAAUAAGUGAAAAUGGGGGCAUCCGGAUGUUGUGGGAAAUUAUUUGUUGGUCUGAAUCUGCUUAUGUGGCUGAUCGGAUUCGGUGUAGUGGGUUACGGGGUGUGGAUACUUAUCACAACCGGAAACACAAGUAACUUCCUGUCUGGAACGCUGAUAUUUACAUAUUCAUUUUUGGGAAUCGGAACACUGUUGGUCCUCACAGGUUUACUGGGUUGUAUAGGAGGCUGCUGUGAAAGUACAUGUUGUCUGAAAGCCUACAUUGGUAUAAUGACAUUUAUCCUGUUUGUGGACAUUGGAGUCGCCAUUGCUGGAUACGUGGAGAAAGACAACGUGCUGGAUCUUACGGAGAAGCUUUGGGACGAGUUAAAUGAUGAAACGAAAUUCCAUAUACAAAAAGAGUUGGAAUGCUGCAGUUACAAUGGCACUGACGAGUACACAACACUUCCAGACAGCUGCUCAAAUGAUCAGGGAACACAGUUUAUGACAUUUUGCAAAGACGCCAUGGAACUUUGGGUGAAAAACAACAUCCCGAUAUGGGCUUCAAUUGUAGGCGGUAUAGGCUUUAUACAGAUUUUGGCCAUGAUAUCGUCUUGUAUGACACUGAAAGCUGUGGAGGAUUCGAUGAGAGUUGGAAAUUUGGAAUAAAGAUCCUUGAUUGAUAACACGGUGCUUACAGACUCUUAAAUAACCUUUUUUUGACUUAUGAAUUCUACGCAACUUGUUAAGUUAAAUUCUAGUUUCUAUUGCCAAAAUGUGUCUCUUACAUCAGCAAAUAUGGUUCCCGACGGAAUUGAAAUAACACGUUCGUAUCAUUCAGAAUGGCCCGCAGUGUAAUAUCAGGACUCGUAAUUUCUUUUACUGUAGCUGACUUUCUCAUUUUAGUGUGCGAAAAGAUCGUUGUUUCUUUUCCAAAAUCAUUUAUUGUACCCUUGUGGUAUCUGUAUUAUUUUGUUUCUGGAGACGAGCAUCAGUACGCAAGUAGAAACUCGUGUUGUUCCUUCAGUGCACUUUUUAUUAUUUAAAUCAAACGGAUAUGAGAUUUCGAGUAUUUGAAAAGUCCAUUUUACUAUUUUUUUUAUUUUGCAAUGUAACUGCGCUGAAGUGCGGAAAUGUGAUUUAUGAAUAGACAGCUAUAAACAUUAUCUGUUACUAGCGUAUUUAUUGUAAGUUAAGUAAAAAGUUUAAAGUAAAAACGUCAUGCAUUUUUAAUUCGAUUUCCACAAAAUAAAUAAAUUGACAUCAAAAUACGAACGACUCGCGUGAGAAGGGAAAUAAUACAAGAAUAGUGCUGCAAAGAGCGAGGAAGAGUUAUUUCAUACUUGUCUACAUUUUGUGGAAUCUUUAUUACGGGGUGAAUAUUUUUUAUGUUUUACGAACAUUCUGUCCUUUGUUUAGAUAGUGAUAUAAAGCUUUCAUUCAUGAGCAUUCUUUAUAUGUUUAGCAUGUCAUAUAUAUUUAGUUUCUGAGUGUGAAAUCUAUGAUAAUCCGUGUCUUAUGUACUGAUCAAGAUGAAUUGAGAACGAUGCAUCUUAAGUUUACAUUCUGUCUCUUUUUUGUUGGUUUUUUGUUUUGUUUGGGGUUUAACGCCGUUUUUCAACAGUAUUCUGUCUCAGAUUCAGCUUAAAAUAAAGGUUUGUGGACAUUCCCAUCUACGCUUAGCUUACAAGUGAUACAAAAGUUUUGUGAAAAUUGCCUGUGAUACAUAUAAAACACUACUUUCCGUCCAUUGUAAGUAAUAAGCUCGUGUGAGCGUUCCAUCCUGUUCUAACUUGGUAUAUAAAAAUUUCGUCCAACGUUAAUUUGUUAUAUAGUUCCUUUUUGUUAUCAUUGCAUCCUUCGUUAAAUUUGUAAUAGAGUUAGUUUUUGUGAACAUUCCGUCCUUUGUUAGAUUUGUGAUAUAGUUAAUUCAUUUUUGUGAACUUUCCGUCCUUCGUUUAACUUGUACGUGAAUAUUCCGUCCUUCGUUAAAUUUGUAAUUUAGUUAGUUCUUGUGAACAUUCCGUCCUUCGUUAAAUUUGUAAUUUAGUUUGUUCUUGUGAACAGGAAGUCCAUCCUUCGUUUUGUUUGUAGUUUAAUGCUUUGUGAACAUUUCUAGCUAUGUUAAGCCUUCAAGUGAUCUUAAACUUGCCCGUCCCAUGUUUAGCUUGUGACAGAAAUCAAUUCAAUGUAAUGUGUUUUAAAAGGUUUGUGUAAAAUUGUGCUAGAAUGUUGUUUUUAUGUAUUCUACCUUUGUUUGCAAGAAAUUUGUUGUCUCUAUAUGGCAUAAAAUCAAAACACGUUAUGACAUUUGUUUGAUUUUUCAACUCUUUAUUGUUGCUUAAACUAUUUUAUUUGAAUUUUUGGACAUUAAAAGAGUAAAUAGAA